AUGCAAACUUUUGAAUAUAGUGAUGAAGAAAUAUAUUAGGAUUCUGUUAAAUAGAAAAUAGAUAAAUUACAUGAUCUACCAUUAAAAUUUAAACAUAAAACUCUUUGUAUGAGAAGUGUAAGUGGAAUUAGUUCUCGAAAAUCAUAGACAUGUUUUAAAUUUAAUAAAAGAAGAUAAGAGUCUAGUUCUGAAUCCUCUUGUGAUGAUUCUUCUGAAAUAUAACUAUCAGAAUUUGAUAUAUCUGAUGAGAACAAAAAUGCUAAUAUUUUAUGUUAAUAUAAGAAUAGUUUUUUUAAUGAGAAAAUUAAGAUGUUUAAUGAAAUAAAAUCUAAAAAGUUUUGGCUUGGCAACUAAAUUAGUAGAAUUAAAAUAAAUAAGGAUGAAUAAUCUAUUAAUUUAAAUAAAUCUCCAUCUUUAAAUAGAUAAUCAUCACCUAUUUCUGAAAGUAAUCAUAAUACUUUGACGAUUAUUAAAAAGAAUAAAGAUAUUACAGAUUAUUCUAUUGAUUAAUCAUUUAAAUAAGUCAACUCUCCAUUAAUGUUCUAUUUAUCAAAUGUUCAAUAGACAAGCAUCAAUAAUAAUAAUAAUAAUAAUAGUUCUAAUUUUAUUAAUAAUAGAUCAUGCUAAUAAUCUUAGAAUAAUAGUUAAUAUACUAUUGAUGUACCAGGUAAUGAAUCAUUUGUUUAACAAUCUUCAAUUAAGCUUAAUGAAAAAGAACUUUUAAAUUAAAUAGUUGAAUCUGUUUUUAAUAGAAACAUUUAAUUAUUGACCAAAAUUGUAUUAUUAUUGUAAAAGGAAUAUAGAACUGAUAUAUUGAAUAUGAAAGAUAUUAAUGGAAAUACACCAUUGUUAUUAGCUAUUAAAUUGUAAUAAUAAUAGAAUCAAUUUACCACUAUUCGCUUAUUAUUAUCAAAUGGAUCUGAUCCUACAAUUAAAGAUAAUGAUGGGUGGAGUCCAAUUGAAGAAGCUGUUGCUCAAAAAGAUUUAUUGACUACAUCAUUAUUGUUUGAUUACUUAGUUUCUAAGAAAUUAUUUGACAUGUAAUAGGAACGUAACUAGAUUGAUUAGGAACUAUUAAAAAUCAAUGAUUUCUAUCUCGAAAUGAAAUGGGAAUUUAAAUCCAGCCUUAUUCCUUUUAUCUCUAAAUUUACUCCUAAUGAUACUUUUAAAAUAUAUAAGAGAGGUAUUAUAAUUUUAUGAUUCAGGUUCUUCUUUGAGAUUGGACUCUACAUUUGCAGGGACUAAGAAUUAUAAAAAUAAAAGAAGGGAUCUAACAGUAUUUUAUAAUCCAUUAAUGGGAUAAGUGUAGAGAAAGGAAAAUAGUUCAAAUUGUAAAUUUGUUACUAUUUUGAAUAGAGCUAAAAAAAUAUACUAUUAUCCUAUUGUAAAAUUAUAAAAUUAAAUUAGCAAGAAAUAGAUCCUGAAGAAAAGAAUCAAAUUUUGAUGGAUUUAUUAAAUUGUGAAAGUGUAAGUGGGGAUAUGAAAAUUAUAGGUUGUGAAUUAAUAAAAAGUAAGAAUUUUUUUGGAAAUUAUGUAAGUUAGAAAAUUAAUAAUUGGAUUUGUUAGAAAUAUGAAUUUCGAAUUUUAACUUCAUAACAUUUCAAUAAGAAAUAUCAAUCAAAUUAUUUUAUGAGUUUAGAUUAAUAUUUAAAUUAAUCUAUUGAUUAAAAUCCUACAAGUGCAAGAUUUAAUAUAGAGUAAAUAACAAGUUAAAUAGUAGGAGAUUAAUUAUAUGUUAAUUCUCCUUCUUUUAAAUAAGAAAAUGAAUAAAUGAAGAAAAAUAAGGAAAAUAAUCUAAAAAAUGGAAAUGAUAAAAGUAUUAUUAUUUUAAUUAAUCUUAUAGAAUAAUCAGAAUCUUGUUUACUUUAUAUUAAUUAAGAAUUCCCAUUAAAUUUUUAGCAGUUUCUUCCUAUUAUAAAAAUGCUAGCUAAUGGGAAUGAAUUUAUUUCAUCUUUACAAACUGUUCUAUCAAAUGAGACUGUUAAAUAAUUACUUAAUAAUAAAGGAUUUCCAGUUAGAAUAGAGAUUCCAAUAAACUUUACUAUUGAUGCUGUUGUGACAUUUUAAGGAUAUAAAUAAAUUGAUAAUGAAGAUAUUGAAAUAAAGAAAUUAUUUUAGAUUCCAGAAGAUUACUAAUUGGUUUCUAGAAGAGAUGCAACUAAAGUUAUGAAAAGAGGAAAAAAAAGAUUAUUUUUAGCUAAUUUAUUUUUAUGA